AAGAUACCGUAGGAGUACUCAAGUGUGCCUGUCUGUGCUUUUCAAAUUAAAAAAAUAAGUUUUUUAUAAUGGUGGAUCGUUUAGUAAAUAGUGAAGCUAAUGCUAGACGAAUUGCUAUGGUGGAGAACUGUUUCGGCAGUUCGGGUCAGCCAUUGGCAGAACAAGGCAGAGUUCUUGUAGGAGAAGGAGUCCUAACAAAAAUGUGCAGAAAAAAACCAAAGGCCCGACAAUUCUUCUUAUUUAAUGAUAUAUUAGUGUAUGGAAACAUUGUAAUAAACAAAAAGAAGUAUAACAAGCAGCAUGUCAUUCCACUAGAAGAAGUUAAAUUGGAGUCACUUAAAGAUGAAGGCCAAUACCGGAAUGGCUGGUUAAUACGCACUGCAUCAAAAUCAUUUGCUGUGUAUGCAGCAACAGCCACAGAGAAAGAAGAAUGGAUGGCGCAUAUAGAAAAGUGCAUUGAGGAUCUGUUAAAAAAAAGUGGAAAGCAGCCUCCUUCGGAGCAUGCUGCAGUAUGGGUACCAGACAAUGAGGCAAAUAUUUGUAUGCACUGCAAAAAGACACAGUUCACAGUUUUAAACAGAAGGCACCACUGCCGCAAGUGCGGCUCGGUGGUGUGCGGGCCGUGCUCGUCGAAGCGGUUCGUGCUGCGCGGGCAGAGCGACAAGCCGCUGCGCGUGUGCCUGCAGUGCUACGACGAGCUCAACCGCGACAAGGCGCGCGCGCACCAGCCGCAGGCGCAAGCGGCCUCCGCACCGCCCGCAGUGAAAUCAGUGGCAGACGCGGCCGGCUCGGGCGGCGACUCGUCACAAGACGACGACAGCGAUGACGACGACGAACGAGUGGCUGAGGAGAAACAUGAUGAGGGCUUUACAAGUUAUAACGGUGUCAAAAACGGCUUCGGCAAUAAAGUGACAACCGUAUAGUACACACUUAAAUUGUCCAAAAUUCUACAGUGACGGUGAAAAGACUGAAGAGAACAGCAGCAACAACAACCAUUCGUCCAAGGAAUAGACCAAGUGAACCGAGCAGACCCUUAUUGUAUACAGGUCUAUAAAUUAU